AUGAACGCUACCUAUUAUAACAUCACGAACAACGCUAACACUGGCACUGUAUCGUCCACCGCAGUGUGGAAUUACGCGCUUAUCACCCGCAUGACCUUGUUCAUCCUGCAAGUCUCUUUUAAUACGUUCAUGCUGCUCUUCCUCGUCUUGCAGAAAUCCCUGCGCACCGGCUUCAGCGUGUACCUCAUUGGUCUGCUGGCGGCCAAUAUCUUUUACGCUUUCGGGCAGUUUCCCGUGGAAAUUGUGCAGCCACUGUUCGGGGGUUGGUGGAUGUCCAGAGCCGUCUGCAGUUACUACAUAUACCAUGUCUGGGUGUUUGUCAGCGUGUCCAUGCAUAUGCACGUUCUCAUCACCGUGAAUCGCUUGUGGGCGCUGACCUUUCCCUUGUCGUACCGCAACCGGCACACCACCAAACUCGCCUGUCUGCUUUCUGUCGGUAUGGUGGCGUAUGUGCAUAUCGUAUGUUUGCCGUUGUUCCUUCUCGAUGAGCUGUAUUACCGCCUGCCGCCGGAAGGAGAAGCAGGCUGCCAGUUAAAUACGGAUAAACAGCCGUUGUACUCGGCUAUAGAAAACAUCGUGUCGUGUGAUUUGCCUAUCAAAGCCACAACAACAACAACAACAACCGGCACCAACCAAAAGAAGGACGGCGGCGUUCGUCCUUUCCUGAUCUUAACGCUGCUGACGUGCAGUGUGCUGAUAUGCUGGACGCCGAAUCAACUAUACUGGACAAUGAACAGCUUCAUGGACGUCUCUGGUUUAAUCCAGCUGGAAAACAUCGCGUUGCUGCUGUAUCCGCUUCAGGCGAUUUUGGAUCCGAUUGUGUUUGCGCUGUCUUUAAACACCGUUCGCUUGGCUCUUCUACAACUGUGGAAUAAAACUGCCGCUUAUAUUGGACAUCGUGCGUAA